UGCUUUUCCGCCAUCGCCUCUGAUGGAUCUCUUCCAUACAUACACGUAUACAUGACAUGGCCGUCGAAAAAUGCUAACAACUCAACGGCCUGUGGGUCCCAGGCCACGAUUCUCGGUGAGCAGACGCUUCACUCACUUCCCCACAUAUAUAGCGUGGGGAUUCCCGAGAAAUGCCUUCUGUGUGGACUUCUCCUUAGGUCGACGUGACGAUCUAUGUGUCCAUCGACACAAAAGCGCUGUGUCCUCGGCUGCUUCUUGGCCAAUCGGCCUGAAACUCGGCAUAGGAAGGCCCCUGAGGGUGCCUGACAACCGACAGAACUCGGAUUUUGGCGAUGGGUGUUGUGUGUGGAGAAGCUGGUGGGUCGAUAUAUACGUACACAUGACAUGGCCGUCGAAAAAUGCUAACAACUCGAUGGUUUGUGGGUCCCAGGCCACCAUUCUCGGUGAGCAGACGCUUCACUCACUUCCCCACAUAUAUAGCGUGGGGAUUUCCGAGAAAUGCCCUCUGUGUGGACUUUCCCUUAGGUCGACGUGACGUUCCGUGUGUCCAUCGGCACCAAAUCGCUAACAACUCAUCGGCUUCUUGGCCAAUCGGCCUGAAACUCGGCAUGUGAGGUCCUCUCACCAAGACGGAAAUUUAUAGCGUGGGGAUUUCCGAGAUAUGGUCUGUGUGUGGCUGGAGGGCCUCACGCCAUACAAAUAUGUAACCGACGUGUACAAGGUGGCCGUUGAACAGAGCCUCUCAGUUUGAAGUCGAGUGAGACAGUGAGGCUGUCGUUUCCUUCUGCCUGUCGAUGGUGUUUUGUAGUACUUCCGAGCUGUUUGCAGUGUUUUUUCAUCAUAGCUGAAGACACACAGCGAUGCGACAGAAUGAGAUGUUACAGAUGCCCGGCAGAGACGGCCAAUCGCUUUAUUGUCGAGUGAGGUGUUCGCUGUGUGUGUGGCGAUGUGAUGGUGACGCGCAGAUAUGGAGAAUGGUGACGUUGCUUUGCUGUGAAUGUCCUGACUGAUGCCGGUGUGUGAUAGUGCUGGCUGCAUUCACUGCAGGUUGCAUUUGAGGAUCAGAUACUGCAGUGUCACGUCUGUGUUGUCCAUCCAAUCGUGUGCGCGGGGAACCCUGACUGACCCACACAUCCAUCGAUCCCACUGUCUGACUCUCUAUCUCUCUGUCUGUGUGUGUGUAGGUUGUUCCGUCAGCGUGACGGCUGUGAGCUGAUGGGAAGGGUCAUCAUUACGGGUGACGAUGAGGACCCCGGCGUGGCCGGUAUGCGCCUGGGCACACACACACAACACCCACGGCACACGAUUGAAUGUGUUGUGUGUGCGCCGUGUGUGUCUGUGUGUCAGUGUUCGGCUUCAGCGAGCUGCACUCGACCAAGCCCCCAUUCCUCUCAUUCAAGGCACCACCACCACCAGCAGCCCCACCACAGCCGGCAACGGUCAAUGUCGAUGUCAAUGUGACCAUGACGCCAUCUCCCGCUCCCUCCCCUGCUGCUGUGGCUGGUGCUGCGACAGUGGCUGGCCCGGCCCCCAUCCAGCAGCAGCAGCAGCAGCACACGAGUGGAGAGGACAAGAGCUCGGUGGGGGACUCCCUUCUGAUGACACCUGCUGCUGCCAAGACCGAUGAACAUUCGCCCCCUGGGCCGCUCCGCCUCCCCGACAACGGGCGAGAGAGAGACCGGCCAGUGUCGACUAUGAUGCAGCCAACUGUACCUUUAUCGUCAUCCCCUGUGCGCCAACAACGGCCGCUGCAGCUGUCAGCCAGCGAUCUCUCUGUGCCGCUGUUCGGUCGACGUGGCCUCUUCUUGGAGACAGGGAGGGAGAGCUCAUCGGGGGAGGUUGAGGGCUCCAUAUGGUAUGAGGCGCGCUUCCGUGCUCGGGCCGACAGGAUGCCCGGCCGUCGUCGGGCUAUGUCGCUGCUCACCUACCAAACCAAGACAUCCAGAAGUUCCCGAAGUGAGCACUCACCCUCUACACACAAACACACACACACGGAUGGUUACAUUGUAGCAUCUCUCCCCCUCUCUCUCUCUGUGUGUGCGAUGUGUGUGCAGCGGUCCGGAGUGGGAGCCGCGUGACGGUGCUGCCGACGAUCUUCGAGCGGGAGACUUCCGGCCGGGCGGAUGGCACUAGUGAGCCCGCGGCAGCACCACCAAGUGACGACACAUGCGGCAAUGGGGACGAUACGCAGCAACAGCACAAAGCCGAAGACAGCACUGAGGUUUUCUUUGAUGUCACAUGAUGGUGGAUGGAUGAGACGAGGGCUCUUUCUUGCGUGCAUGGGUGGCGGAUGAGCGUGUGUGGGUGUGGGUGAGUGGGUCAGGUGGUGCGGCUUAUCCACGUCAUUCACCCAUGGUAUGACGUGUCUGACGAGUCUUUUUGGAUGCGGCCAGCCAUUCAUUCACCGGUCCAAUGGAUUGCUUCGAUGAGUCACUUACUUGUGUGUCCUCAAACGUCCCCAGGUCACAUCGGAUGACUACGCAUACACGGACACGGACACGCACACACACACACACACACACACGUGUGCAUAAAAAGCCAUUUGGAUGUCAUCUGAUGGACGUCUCUCUCACACCGUCUGUCUAUCUGCCUGUCUGCCUGCACCUAUGUGGCGUGGUGUGUCCGCAUAUCGGAUGAGAGCCAAACGGCGGCUUGUAUGGUUCAUGCGCACGGCACAUGGCCGGCCAGCAG